GCCCUCCUCCCGCGGGUGAUCGUCCGGCCAAGUGGGCGCGUCCCGCCCGGGCCGCCGGGAUCUGGUGUCCGCUGCAGCUGGCAGUGCGGCGGGCGCCGGCACCGGCACAAUCGCCGACGGCGCUGGCUAUUAAUAACGCUCCGGGCGAGCCCGGGGUCGCGCAGCCAUGGCCAGCCCGGAACCCCUGCGCAGCGGGGACGGCGCCCGGCCCGCGAGGGAAACACACACGGAGGCCAGUUUUCCUCUUCAGGACUCAGAAUCCCCGAAGGAGGCCAAGACCUUUAACCCAGAGGCCACUCUGUCUUUGGAGGGGACUGUGAACCUAGAGGACAUUCUCUAUCUGGGGGGACCGGGGGACUUUGAAGAGAGUCUUUAUGAGGAAGAGUCUGAGAAACCAGAGCAGACACUGUUUAUCGAUGAAUCAAGGCGGCCAGAUGAGGCACUGGACCUGGAAGAGGCUGAGAGGCCAGAGGAGACAGAGACGCUGUUUGUGGAGGAACCCGUGAGGACAGACGGGGCACAAGUUUCUUCGGAGCAGCCUGUGGAGCCAGCUAAGAGCCCAACCGCCAGUGAGGGAGAAAUGGCGGCCACGGAGGAGAGCCUUCCAGCUCAGCCCAUUGCCAGCACGCAGGAAGAGCUCAGCGUGGAGGACCUGGAGCUGCUGGAAGGUCGUUUCCAGCAGUGUGUACAAGCUGUGUCCCAGCUGGAGGAGGAGCGGGACCAGCUCAUCCACGAGCUUGUGCUGCUGCGGGAACCCGCCCUGCAGGAGGUGCAGCAGGUCCACCAGGACAUCCUGGCUGCCUACAAGCUGCACGCGCAGGCAGAGCUGGAGAGGGACGGACUCAGGGAGGAGAUCCGGAUGGUGAAGCAGAAGCUCUUCAAGGUGACCAAGGAAUGCGUGGCUUACCAGUACCAGCUGGAGUGCCGCCAGCAGGACGUGGCUCAGUUUGCCGACUGCAGGGAGGCACUGAGUACUCGGGCAGCCCAGCUCUCUGGAGAACUGACCCAGCUCCGAGAUGCCUAUCAGAAGCAGAAGGAGCAGUUGCAGCAACAGCUAGAAGCACCCCCGACCCAGAGCGACGGGCAGUUUCUCCAGGAGAGCCGACGCCUGUCGACACAGUUUGAAAAUCUCAUGGCAGAAAGUCGCCAGGGCCUGGAGGAGGAGUAUGAGCCUCAGCUGCUUCGGCUCCUGGAGAGGAAAGAGGCAGGGACCAAAGCUCUGCAGGACACCCAGGCGGAGAUCCAGGAGAUGAGGGAGGCGCUGAGACCCCUGGAAGCAGAGGCCCGGCAGCUCCAACUUCAGAACAGGAACCUGGAGGACCAGAUCACGCUUGUGAGACAAAAACGAGAUGAAGAGGUUCAACAGUACAGGGAGCAGCUGGAGGAGAUGGAGGAGAGACAGAGGCAGUUACGCAGCGGGGUGCAAGUUCAGCAACAGAAGAACAAGGAGAUGGAGCGGCUGAGGACAAGCCUUGCUGAAGAGCUUUCCACAUAUAAGGCUAUGCUACCCAAGAGUGUGGAACAGGCUGAUGCACCUACUUCUCAGGCAGGUGGCGUGGAGGCACAACCCCCAGGGACUGUUUAGAAACGUAUGGUCGGACCUGCAGCCCAGAAACAACAAAGCAUUUAUCAAAGGAUCACUAGGGAUGGACUUUCCCCAAACAGAUAAAAGAGUACCAGCACCUGGCAAGCAAUUCACCCUGUAAAACUACAAACACUGGCUGUCUUGCCUUAAAAGAUUUUAGGUUGUCUGGAAACAGAAUUCCAGUCAACUUGUAUCUGGAUUCUUUUUUUGUAGGCUGCUGGUACUGAUCUCAGUGCACUAUGGAAGUGGAAAAAGAGUCUUUUAUCUUCCAGCAGAACCCUGAGUAAUGAAUGUAUCACCACACCCUGAAGUUUCGUGAAGAAUUUUAAGGAUCCCUUUGUGCUGACCCAAACCAAGAACAUCUGAGGGAAAAUGUUGGGGUCAAAAGGCAGCCAAUUUCUGCUAUAUGGAUCAACAAAUUCUUUUGUGCUAUAGGCAUUACAUUUUUAAAUUACUCCACUCACAAAGCCCUCUUCCCCUUCAAGUCUACACUCACAUAAUUUACUCUUAAAUUAAAAAAAAGCCACCACAAGACCCCACUUAUAUAUUGCCCUGGGUGGCCUAGAACUCACUUUAUAGGCAAUGUUGACCUUGAACUCAAAGAUCUGCCUGCCUCUACCUCUGAAAUGCUAGGAUUAAAGGAAUGACAGGCUUAUUUUUUGAGACCAGGUCUCAAGUAGUCUAGGCUGGUUUUUAAUUUAUGUUAAGUCAGGAUGACCUUGAACUUCUGAUCUUGCUGCUUCUACCUCCCAACUGCUGGGACUACAGGUGUGCACCAUCAAGCACGACCCAAGACAUGCCCUACUCCUCCAGAGUAUCACCAUGUAUGGCUCUGGCUGUCCUGGAACUCAGAGGAAGGACUCAAACUCACAGAAUUCUACCCACCUUUGCCUCACAUAAGCUAGUGUGCACCACUAUACCCAGCUUGGUAAUUUGUACUACAUGCUAAUGUAACCAGAAGUCCUAGGAAUCACUUCAGAUUUGGACCAGACACUCCAUUAUUCAAACUUUUCCAAAGACCAUAAAUGAUUCUGGAGGUGGGACUCAUCUAGCUAGUUCAAGCAAAAGCAGUUUUUUCCCCCUUCCCAGUUGUCACCAAGUGGCAAUAAAGGCACUGACUCUUAAUUCUAUACUUUAGAAGUAGGGGUUCCAAUGAAAAACAUUCAUCUUUGUAAAGGGUUCAAGUGUCUUUCAAACUUAAACUCUGCCUUAAGUUCUCUAUCACACUGCCUUUGAGAUUCUUGGAAACCUAGGUAGCUCUCUAGAGAAGACUUCAAGAAUAUGUAAGUUUACCAAGGCUAGUCUGUGUACUCUAUUCAGUAAUGUCUUCAAUUUCCCUUACUAGAGUAAAACUCUCUUAUUGGUUAUGAGUCUAUUUUGUUUAUUCUAAUCUCAAUAGUCAAAACCAUGGAAAACAACUGUUAUCUGAACAAACUCUUCCAGAAGCCAGAGGCUGUUGUCUAAUGGAUACUAAAUAAAACCCACCAGCAUGGAGCUAUAUAGAAAAGCAAUUUAUUCCAUUAUAAGCACUUACACAGUUAGUCAUGGAGAGUAACAGGCCUGAUGGUAAGACAGGUCAACCAAAAUGGAGAUGGCAUCAAACUAUAGUGGUCAAAGACUAACCCCUAAAAAGCAACUUUUACCAAGGAUUAAUUUAAUCUUAAAAACAAAUACAAACUAGCAAUUCACUCUUUUUCAACUUGACAGUUCACCAGUGGUACAACUGCCAGGUAAAAACAUACAUCUUUACAACUUGGUGGUCCCAAGCUUAAAAAAAAAAAAAAAAAAAAAAAAAAGAGGAGGAAAGAAAGAAAAAGAAAGGAAGGAAAAACCA